AUGUCGGACGAGGCUGCCCAGGACGCAGAGGCGCUAGUUUCCAGGUUCACAGAUGCUUGUUCUGCUUUUGACAUCAAUGCAUCCGAAGCUGUAGAUUCUCUUUCUGCCGUUCUGGACAACAUUGCCUCCGAGUUGGCCAAGAAUCGCGAUCUUAGAUAUCAUGUUGGCACCGGCAAGCCCGCGUUCUGGUCCUGUCUCCGUAAACUAUGGCGGGACCUCGUUCGCACUCAGUUGACUUUUUGGGAUGGCGACGAUGACGACCAGGCCUCCACCGAAACUCUGAAACAUCAAAAUUUGAGAAAAUUUUGUCAAAGUCUAGCUCGGUUGACAAGGAACCUCGUCGCUGAGGUCACUGAAAACCAGACACAUGCUUUUGAAAAUGAACCCGACAUCAGACGGCUACUUCAUUAUUAUACAUCUUGGACUGCGAUGGAGGAUCAAGAUGACCUUGUGGUGGCCCGUAUUCUCUCUCAGACCAUGUCGAAUCUUAUCACCGCCAACGAGCCCCUCAUGCAAUCCCUCUGGGAUACGUAUAUGAAUCUUCCUGAAGAUCAAGUUGUGCUAAUUCGGCUCCUGCAAUCGUCAGACGGAAAGUCUCUUGUCCCUGCGAUGAUGUUCAUCCAAAACUGCAUACAAGGCAGCAGAACACGAGCACGACUAUUGGUACAUGCGACAGUCGGAUCGAGGAUAUGUGUUUGCUUGCUUGACAAGAUGGCAAAAAUCUACGAAGCCGAGGAGGGCAGUGAGGAAGCCCGUGCUUUCGACCUUGGGUAUGCUAUAUUCAGUCGAUUAAUGGAAGUCGGUCUUGUGCCAGAGCUGUACCUCAAGUUGUCAAUAAAAGACGAAAUAGUGACACCGCACCAGACGGUUCUGCUCAAACUGAUUGAUUCUUAUCUCCAGUCGACUCCCUUGAAACCAAAAGACCCGACCACGACGAAGAUUCUAGUCAAGCUGAGCCAAAUGCUGGGUACAUGUUUCUUUUCUAUGUCGUCGUAUUCACAGCGGGCGAUUCGUCGAUCUCUGGGAUCUCCUUCUUCCGAACACUUCUCUCCGGUCGUUAAUCUACCGUCCGACAUGAUACUUCCGCCUACGGAACUAGACAUUAUGCUUCCGAAGGUUUGCGAGGGGCUUGUUCUGGUCUCCCAGUGUAUUGUAACAGUGACGCUGGAUGCCGAGAAAGAGACAUCCGGCAUCCCAUCCUCCUCUCCCCACAAUAUCAGAGCCCUCUUUAACGAGCUACGGUCCGAGAACCACAGCCUGGCGGAAAGUCUAAUAGAGCUCCUCCGUUUACUGGAUAGGUUCCUACCACGAAUAAAUUUCGGGAAACCCGUCCAAACUCAAACUGGCCAAGCGCCCACACCGCUUUCAAAUGCGUCCGACACAGGGUUUUUCUAUCUGAAGAGGGACCUCGUUAGACUUUUGGGAAUUUUGUGCCAUGAACAGAAAGCUGUUCAGGAUCGCGUACGUCAGUGUGGCGGCAUUGAAGUUGUGAUGAACCUGUGCGUUAUUGAUGAGAGGAACCCUUAUUUGCGAGAGCACGCUAUCUUUACGUUGCAUAAUCUAUUAAAAGGCAACCCGGAGAACCAGGCAAUCGUUCAAGAAAUUCAACCGACAGGGCAAUGGGACGAAAAUGGUGUUUUGAAGGACAAUGUUGGUGCGGUACGGAAGUAG